CCACACUUUAUCGGGGAACGCAAGAAAGAAUUAAGACAUUUCGAGGAAUCACAUUCUUAUGAUUGGACUCCGUUGAUUUCACUCGUUUCGGAGCUAUGAUGUCUCCACUUGUAUUAAUAUUGACUAUCAUCGUCGUGGUCUGUUCAAGCCCAGACCCUGUCAUCGGCCAGAUUACCUCUGGUCUGCAGAGUAUUUUGAAAAACACCCAUCUCAGCAAGGAUUAUGGCUAUCCAACCGAUAUAACGAGAGAUCUACUACCAAUCCCGGUUCACUCCCAUAAUGACUAUUGGAGAGAGAGACCUUUCUACACUGGAUUGUCCAAGGGUUGCACUUCUACCGAAGCAGACGUCUGGCUAUAUAAUGGGACCCUAUAUGUCGGGCACGAUCAAUCUGCUUUGACUCAUGAGCGCACGCUGGAAUCCCUCUACAUCAACCCGAUCCUCGAUAUCCUAGAACGACAAAAUCCAAAGAGCCCAUUUGUUACAUCGCCUACCCGAAAUGGCGUUUGGGAUACCACACCCGACCAGACACUUUAUCUCUUUGUCGAUGUGAAAACCUCUGGUCAUGAGACUUUCCAGGCCGUCAUUGAGGCUUUAGAGCCACUGCGCGAGAGAGGCUAUCUGACUACCCUGGAGGGUGGUACGAAUUUGACCAACGGACCGGUGACUGUCAUUGGCACAGGCGAUACCCCCUUAGAUAUGGUUGCCCCUGUUGCGAACCGUGACUACUUCUUUGACGCACCUCUGGCACAUCUCAACGAUUCCCAGUACACAGACAUCACUGGUUUAGUAUCUCCCAUCGCAUCUACGAAUUUCGCAGAGGCCGUUGGUAAGAUCACUAGGGACACAGAUCCAGUUCUGAACGAGGAUCAGCUCAAGGCACUUCGGGAUCAGAUUGCCACCGCGACGAAGCGUGGCAUUGGUGCCAGAUAUUGGAACACACCCUCUUGGCCGGUUCGCCAGCGGAACCUUGUUUGGAGAACACUCUUGCGUGAGGGGGUUACUCUACUGAAUGCCGACGAUCUCGACGCUGUUGUUGCAGAAUUUUAGGCGAGUCGAUGAACCAGUUCAUAGUAUAUCUGCACCAUCUACAUGUACCAUGAGAGUCAGGUUUGAAAAUAAAUAUUCAGGUUCAAACGGGGA